ACACAAUCUGGGACGACGGUCUCUACGUUAGUACGUGUGUGCGCGUGUUGACGAGAGAGAAAUCGCCGAUAGCUAAUAGUACUCGUACGUGCAACGGGAUCGGGUAAAAGAACGCGUCGAGGAGAUAACGCGCGACGGACAUAUCGGUGCGUCAUCGUACACGUAGCCCGGCGGUGGCCCCAUUGUCGUCCCGUCACUUUCGGGCGCACUCCGAGCUCACUCGUCGUCGAUGCCGCACGCGAUCCGCUCGUCCGGCCGCCCGUUUACCCCCCAGCCGCCCGUCAACCGUUUGUCCGUUAUCGAACGCGCGCGCGCUCUCGCGCCAUCGCCGUCGCGCUAUCACACACGCGAGGCUCUCCUUCUCUCGCUCGCUCCCUCCCGACCACGCCACUCGUUCCGUCACCGUCACUCGUGUGCGUUUCUUUCUCUUGAAAUAUUUUUUUUCCGGUUUUUUUUUUUUUUUUCGCUUUUUCACAUCCUCUUUCCGUAUCAUGCGUAUCGCUUCGUGAUGUACCCCACACGCGGUGCUACCGACAUCGAGUGCUAGGCGCUCGCGCUGUAUAACACGCACUCAUCGCGCACCGCAGCGUUGAACGUAAUUUUUUUUUUUUUCUGCGGUACGCCGAAUCGUCGUUUUCUCUCGCACUCUCAGUCGGUCAAUUUCUUCACUCCUUCUCCUCCACACGGUCCACAAUUCGCGUUCGCCGUCGCGUAAAUAACGCACACAAUAUCACGUUUUAUAUACUGUUCUUUACAUUAUCGUACGCGCACGCACGCGCUCAUGUCGACACGCGGCUAGGGUCUUGUCCGGUGCGCGCGUCGCCUUAUCGUGUUCCCAGCGAGAAAACAAAUAAAUAAAUAAACGGAUAAACGACCACCAGAACGAAUAAUACUCUCGACAUUAUCUUAUUGUCUACGCAACCAGUCGCUGCACCUCUCGCGCACGGAUAUCGUUCCGGACACGGCAGCAGCAGCAGAACGUCCUUGAUUAAAUUGCACUCGUCGCUCCAUCACCGAGGCGGCGUCGUAUCACUGUUGCAGUUGUCGCCACCACCCCGGACAACGUGUCCACCCAGUGACGAGUAGUAACAAUACGCACCGUCGCAGAAAAAUGGUUCUGCAGACCGACCCGGCCGCCAAUAUUUUGGUGCAUGUGCGCGUCGACGACACGUGAACCGUGCACGGUGGUCGGAGGGACGAUAUCACAGUGCUGUUGCUCGUGGUGGUGGUGGUGGUGGUGCGCUCACGUUUGAUGACAACACGGUUAUCGCGAAGCCAUGGCCGCUCAGCAGAUCCAGGUGAAGUUGUUCACUUACUCGGUGAUCGAGCGCAAGGACGAGAUCGAAGAGAAAUACGAACGGUGUUAUCAAACGGUUCAGACCCUUACGAAUGGCCUUAACGAUCGAGAGUACCACGAUGCUCUCACCAAUCACAUCAGCAAGGACAAGAGUCAAGAGGAAGUCAUCAGCUUGGGGCUGCUGACCGCUGUGCUACUAGAUCCUAAGAACGCUGACAAGAUAUACAGAGAUUUAACUUUGUUAUCACGUGAUGGCUUACAGAGUGUAAUAGCCCAUUUACAACAAUUUACAUUAGAAAAAUGGAAUCGACUUUUAGAAACUCCUCGCAAACAAUUAUUGUGGCUAGUUCGCGAAAUGGUACGCAACAACAUAGCAGGUGUGGACAAUCUUUGUUGGAACUUGAUGCGAAAUGCAGCUGGUGGUGAUAUUUCUUCAACUAAUAUUGCACUCAUUGAAUAUCUUCUUGAUCUUUAUCAAGACCAUAGAAAAUGGCUAGAGAGAUUUCCAUGGUUGAUAGCAUCUGUUAUUUAUUCAUUUUUACGUUUUAUUGAAGAUCACAAUAAUUUAAUUCCUUUACGUAAUCGGGAAGUAGCAUUCACUGUAUCACUACUGCGUGAUCGAUUUACAGAUUGUUUAAUUAUUGGCCGAGAUUUAAUAAGAUUGUUACAAAAUGUUUCACGUAUACCAGAAUUUGAACUGUUUUGGAAAGAUUUAUUAUACAAUCCUCAAUCAUUAAGCCCAGGCUUAACUAAUGGUGUUAUACAAAUAUUAGAGACAAGGACUUCUAGAAGAUUUUUACAAUCAAGACUUACACCUGAUAUGGAACGUAAAUUAGUAUUUUUUACUUCCUCAGUUCGAUUUGGUCAUCAUAAACGAUAUCAAGAAUGGUUCCAAAAUAAAUAUUUGAAUACACCUGAAGCACAAUCUCUCAGAAGUGAUUUGAUCCGAUUUAUUGUUGGGCUCAUACAUCCUACAAAUGAGUUAUUGUGUUCAGACAUAAUACCUCGUUGGGCUGUUAUUGGUUGGCUCAUUACUACAUGUACAUCAAAUAUAGCGUUAGCAAAUGCCAAAAUGGCUCUUUUUUAUGAUUGGGUUUGUUAUGAUCCAAAACAUGAUAACAUUAUGAAUAUUGAACCAGCAAUUUUAGUGAUGCUCAACUCUUUACGUAUUCAUCCUACAGUAACAGCAAGCCUACUAGACUUCUUAUGCCGAAUUAUUCCUAAUUUUUAUCCAGCUCAGACUGAGCGAAUACGUAAUGGUAUUUUUGUUUCUCUUCGGCAAAUUCUUGAUAAAAGAGUAUUAGCAUCAUUAGUUCCUUUGUUUACAAAUCCUCGAAUUGAUGGUGAACUAAGAGCCAUGAUACAAAAUACUUUCCGCGAAUUCUGUGAUCCACCUGCGGUUCAAGGUGACCCUAUUAAAAAUGAUGACAUGAUAGAUAAUAUGAUGCUUAUAUCACUUAAAGGUGAGUUAAUAGCGGAAAAUGAAGACAUCACAUUUAGUGAUGAAGAAUCUGAGACAAGCCCGAAAAAAACAGUUGUCUCUGAGAACAAUAGUAUACCUGCUGUAAAAACAACACCUGCAAAAGUUAAACUGAAAGAAAAAAAUGUGCUACCGCCUGAUUUAGAUAAAGAAGCUUUGCAAAUGUUAAGCAAAGAAAUGAGACUGGAGACUGAAACUUUAUAUUUUGAAAAAGAUAAUGAAAGAAAAUGUGAAUCAAUGGAGAAAAUUAUUCAGUUAAUCGUUCAAGACGAUGAGUUAUACCCUGAUAUGUUGGCUGCAUUGGGAUCCUGUAUUUCCUGUCUUUUAAAAAAUCAGAUUGAAGAAAAGAUUUUCCCUUCAGUACUUAAUGAUGAUGCACUAGAAGACAGUAUUGGAAAACCAUUAUUUGUCAUGUUUCGUAGUAUUUCCCAAUUUCCUGAAGAUGAUUCACGGCGGUUACAACUUUUGUCACUGCUGGCUGAAAUGAGGACUCAUCAAACUCGGAUUGGCUAUUUAUUAUUUUAUUAUUUGCAAGUGAGCAGUGUAUUAAACAACAAUGCCAAUAGAAAGAUGAAUAAUGGUAUCAAGUUUCUCAUUUACAAAGAAUUUUGUGAUACUCAAGAAGUUGAAAUAGGUGAUUGUUUAUUAAGCGAUCUUCAGUUAUGCCAAGAAGAUGAUCAAUCUUUAUUUUGUUGGCUUAUUCCUGCUGUUUAUAAUCAGUUUCCUAAAAAUGUUGUUGGGAAUGAAGACUUUUUACACUUAGUUGUAUCCACAGUUGAUGGCUCACAAAUACAAGAAAUUAUUUGUUUAAUUUUACAAGGUAAGUUAUGCAUGUUUCGAUCUGAUGCAGUACCAUCAUUGGCUACUAGUUCAUUGAAUUGGGAAACAAUGGAGCAAUAUUUUUUUUGGCAAUUGGUAUCUGCGCAUGACAUAGAUAUUAAAGUGAUAUUAUCAAAUAUUACAAAAUUAGACUAUAAUAAUCAUCCAGAAACCCUGACUAAUAUUUUGCUCAUGCUGAAAAAAGAAAAGCCUACUUUAGAUUUAUUGAAACCUGUGUUGUGUAGAGAAAUAAAACCUUUGAAUGACCAAUUUGUUAUAUCUGUGAUAUCUAGUUGGUACUUGGAACAUGGUGAAAAUGUAGCAAAUCUAGUUUCUCAGCUAUUAAUUAGUAGAUGUCCGGUUGUGUCUCCAACCAAACGGAAACGUGGACAAGGACAGGGUUUAGGUUCUAGAGGAGGGGUAGCACCACCCAGUGCUGAGAGGAUCCUUGGUCACAUGGAACGCAUUCGUAGUCGGGGUACAUGUCCUGUACUGUUUCGUGCUGAAGGCAUGCAAAAAGCCUUACAAAUUGCCCAGGCUGCAUGUACAGAUACACAACGCAUGUUAUUUAGCAAUCUUUUCCAAUUGCUUGAAGAUGAUGAACCGCACACACCAACUACCAAUAAAAAUUCAACUGGUGGUAAAGGCCGUGGACGUAAGGCAGCCCCUACAUUUGGUAACAGUAACAAAAGAACUACCGUAAUGCUUAAGUCUGUGAUAAAAGAACUGUCGGACAGCUCAGAAGAGUCUAGUGAAGAAGAAGAAGUAAUUAAACCAAGACAAACAAAAAAACGAAGAAAAAUAAAUACAGUUGCAUCAGAUAGUGAUUGAUAUAAGGUAUCUUUACUUAAUGGGGUAGACUUGACUAUAAAUUAUUAAACUGUGCUGAAUUGACAAAAUUUGCCACAAUUUUAUCCCCCUCCUGUAUUUUCUUUUAGUUGUAAUAAUGUUAAAUACAAAAAUAUUUAUGUAUAGGUAUAUAUAUAUAUAUAUGCAAAAUAAAAUCUGAGAAUU